CACGCAUGCGCAACCAACGGAAAGGCGGUUGAAUUUAAAUUCUAAAUGUGAGCAGCUGCGGCUUGAUUAGUGGCGGCGACCGCCCUGGGUUUGGCUUUUGUUGUUGGGAGAUUGACUACGGGCCCUGUUCAGGUGUAAACCAUGGAUGAAAAUUGCUUUGUAUUACCAGAGGCUAAUGCUGACGUUACAGAAGAGAAAUGCAAAAAGAGACAGUCUGGAAUAUUAAAGUCUUCCAGGAGUCCACUUAGAACUCUGAAAGAAACUGAUAUCAACCAAAAGGUGGAACCAGUGAGUAAACUUCGUAGGAGUUCUCGAAGAGUCAGUUUUGCAGAUACUAAGGAAGUUAAGGAGUAUGUGAAAGAUAAAAUGAUAAUUCAAGAUGAUAUGGAAAAUGAUGAAACUACUUGCACGUUGGAGUGCAGACAAAACAUCGAGAUUCAUAAUUCAAGAACAAGCAGCCAAAAAGAGAACCAGCAACAAGAGUUGGAAAGGUAGGGGGUGACCGUUUUCUUGAGCUGCUGAAACGAAUCUGUUGACAGCGA